AUGAACAGAAAUAUUGUGUAUAAUUUUAUAUUAAUAUUUAUAAUAAUAAAAUGUGUCAAAUCACAAGACAAUAAUCCUGAUCAACCAGCUGAAGAUGAUGAAAAUGAUGAAGAAGAGUAUAAUUUUGAAGUUUUAGAUCUAGAACAAAUCAUUCAGGAAGAAACUGGUGUUCAGAUCAAUCCUCAAUACCAACCACAAUAUCAACAAAUACAAGAAUCUCAAUAUCCAACCCAACCUCAGACUCAACCCCAACAAUAUCCAGGAUAUCAACCUGAAUCACAAGGAUAUCAACCAGAAUUAUUAGGAUAUGAUUCAGAGCAGCAGUAUUAUCAAGAAUAUCAGCCAGAAUCAUUAGAUUAUCAACAGCAACAAUAUGGACCAGAACCAUCAGAACAUCAAACGGAUACUUAUGGGUAUUAUGAACCUCAGCACCUACUCAACAAGUAA